AUGGCACAGUCCACGGAUUUCUCACGCGCGUCGAGCAACUUUGUCAACACCACAACUGUACCAUGCCAAACAAGAAUCAAAAAGGUUCACAAGUCACUGCCGAUCAUUCCAAGUAGCCUAUUUUCAUAUUCCUCUGGGCGGUUCUUAUACAAUGAAGCAGCUCGUAUUCGGGAACAACAUGUCCCAUUCAAUGUUACAGCUCUUAAAGAUGCGGUUGCAAGCCAUCUUGGCCAUGGAAAGGUCACCCAACUUUCCAAGAUGAGCGAAGGCGGUUUCAAUCGAGUACUCAUAGCUACCAUGAAAGAUGGAUUCCAAGCCGUUGUCAAAAUUCCAUACCAGAGCACAGUGCCAAAGACAUACGCCACUGCUAGUGAAGUCGCUACUCUCACCUUUCUUAGUUCAAAAGAUAUCCCGGUGCCUAAGGUCUACGGCUGGUCUUCAACGACGGAAAAUCCAGUCGGCAUUGAAUAA